AUGCCGCUGUCCACUUCCAGGGAUUCAAAGGGUCAUGGCAAGACGUGCUUGAAGGGCCUCGAUGCUUUGUGGGUGAAGCAUUCCUUCGUUUGGACAUCAAGAUUUCCAUGGCUCAUUGUGGUGGAGGAGGACGGCAAGGUGAAAUCACUAGGAUGCACCAUUUGCCGCAACGCCCCUGAAAGCCAACGUGACAAGAAUGGUUUCGCAGAGUGCUCCAUCAAGACUGCCCAGACAUCAGUUUUCCAAAAGCACGAGAGGUCGACAGCUCACAUUUCCCGAUCGGAGAGCUUCAAAUCCAGCGGGGUUCCAAUUGCUGCCCCUUCGGCGCAGCAGUUUGCUGAAUGUCUGGAAUCUGUCUGGCGGGGUGCAGCAGAGCUGAAGGAGAGUGGACCUUGGAAGUGCCGUGUCAUGAUGUGGUGUUUGGCUGAGGAUGUGCGAGAUGGCCAGCUGCUGGUCAGCUUCGUCUCUGUUGACCACAACCUGAAGGUGACUACUGGCCAUUUGGGGCAGUGUGAUUUGAACGAGCGUUUUGGAUUGACUUCCAAAGACAUCGCUCAAGCAUCUGUCUUCAUCUUGCACAAGUUCGCGACAACUGGGUUGGGUAUGCCUGUGCGUGACUGUGCAAAUGAAACAGCGGCCCUUGAUCGUGAUCUGGUUCGACAUGUGAAAGAGUGUACUGAAGCCUUUGGUGCUGAUGGAGCUUUCGAUGAGCAAAGAUCAGGCCAGCUACUGAAGAGAUGGUUUCCUGCACUGAAACUGGUGCAGUUUGACAAAGCCCAUGCAUCUCAGAGGUUGUUGAGCCGGACUUGGCCCACAGACCCCUACAUCCACAAGCUUGUCCGGGAUUUGGUCAUUGGCCCCAGGGCGAUUACACAAAAAAUUCGCUUCUCAGGAGUGUUCCGCAAAAGGUUUCAGGAAGCUGUCGCGGAACUGUCAGGCCCAUCCGCCAAACGGAUUCGGGAUUUGGCUUGCGCCAAACACAGAUUCGUGAGUGCAGCGCAGCCAUUCCGAAGAGCUGUGCUUUUUUUCCAGCCCUUGUUGAGGGUGGCCCAAUGGAUCUUGGAGCAGAGAGGGAAAAAUUCCAAUGAAGGCCAGUUGGCCAGAGAGUGGCUGAAUACAGUGACGGCAGAGUCAGCCUUUCAAUUGGCCCUGGUGGCAGAUGCAACGGAUGAGACAAUGGAGGUGAAUAGGUAUUUCGACCAGGAUACCUAUUUCAAGGCCAACAUCAUUGCGAAUGCACAAGUUUCUGCAGAAAUGCACCUGGCUUUUCGGAGCACAAAGGGGAGCUAUGCAGACGGGCUACACGGCAUUGAUGAUGAAGACAUUGGAGAAACCUUGAUAUUCUCUUUGGAUGCUACUCCCAACAUGAAAGAUGUGAAGUGCCUCGCGAACCUCUUAGAGCUUGAUGCAGACUGCUUUUGUCAAGAAUUCCUUGACAUGAGGCCAAGUGCAGAGUGGCACUUCCUGGAGGGCGGGAGCAAGUCAUCUGAAGAUGCUUGGCGUACUGCCCACUUGAAGAACAAGACGCAGGCCUCUCCGAAAAAAACUUUGGAAGCGGCAUUGAUCAGGCUUUUCUCCUGGCAAAUCAAUACUACUGGUGUUGAGAGAGCUUUUGCAAAGGGCCUUCAUGCUGCGAGAAAAAGAGGAGACGUAGGAGAGAAUCGUCUGGACGACGAGCUACAGCUGUUGUCCUUGAACAAAGCCAGCAAAGGGAAACCUGUCGCCUUGCCCAAGUACAGUGAUCUGAUUGAGUCUGCUCGAGCUGUAUGGACUAAUCAUUAUGGUCCACCUCGAAACAGACAGAAGGUUCCUGAAGAUUCGAAAGGACGCAAGCGCACUCAGCCAGAUGAUGAAGAAAACAAGGACAAGAUCACCUCGGAAGCUGCGUUCAUGAGGAAGCGGCGUCGAGAGGUUGAUGCUGCCGCAGGUUCAGUGAAUUUGUCAGAAGCAGUGAACCCUGUGAUGGGGUCUGUUGGAGUGAACGGCUGGGGCGAAGGGCAUGAGAAAUUUUUUUUUUUGGAAACAAAGCUUUUGGGCCGGUUGAUGAAGGCAAUUGCUGAGGGAGCUGUGCCUUGGGACAGCUUGAGCCCGGCCAUGCAAGACUGGUUUCGUCAAUGGCAGCAGCAUGAUCAAGAGCUCUGCCAGGAAGCAUUGAAGAGCCGUCGCCUCUCCUUGACCAGACCUUCUUUCCCGAACGUGGCAGGCUUGAAAGUUUGGUGGGGUGCAGCUGUUCAGGUUGCUGUCGGCGAGUUUGAACUGCACCGUUUGAGUCGCAAGAUGGGGUUGGUGCCAGAGGAAUCCAAGUAUCAGGCAGAGAUGCACAUUUGGACAGAGGUCACAGAGCCACAGUCGCAAGAGGAUAAGUUGCUAGCUGGCCUCCAUGGGAAACUGGUCUGCGACAUCCUUUGUUUCAGGUCCUGUGGGCAGAGGGGCAGCUUCCUGCUCCACAAGUCAGCAACCAGCAUUGCGCGCACCAUCUACAUCACCCCACGAUUCGCCAGAGAUUGCAAGGAGGUUGCUCAGAACAUCAUGCACUACUGCAAGCCCUUUCGAGGAACUUCAGGCUGGAUCUUCCAGGGCAACUUGGAUGAGUUCUUGAAAGCCAAGCGAAAGGCGACAAGGGACCAAAAACACACGCAAGUGAUGGUUUUCGGAACUGUUGCAGACAAGCAGGGAGAGCUCAGUGAAGUCAAGCUGUUUUUGACGAGCGAUGAUCUUGCACAGAAGUUAAUUUUUGUUGAUCCAAUGCGGUCUGCUCAUGGCUUGGAUGGGUCAUUUGGCCUUCGAGCUGGAGCAAGUCCUGCACUGAGACAGUUUGGAUCUCAAAAGAUUUGUCUGAAGAACUUGAAACCUUUGCAAUGGUUGUCUUCAAUUUGGGCUGUAAGGAGCGAACCCUGGUCACUCCGAGUCCACAACCCGAUCAUGUCUCAACUUGCUGUUCCAUGCGAUAGCAACAAGCGCCAGCGCUCUGACAGGCAAAAGUUGCUGCGUUCGCAAAGAGAGAAAUUCCAACGUCAGUGCAAUCAGAAAUUGCCGAAAAAUCAUGAAUGGCUGUAUGGAUUGGCCUCCGACGCAGAGCUUGCUCUGCAGGCUUCCAGCCGUUUGGCAGCUCAAGAAGCAGCAGGGAUUGGUCCUCUUGUGGGAAGAGUUCUGGGUCAUGGAGACAGCCCCUCGGACUGCAUCGCAAAUCUGGAUGGUGCCUUCACCCCAGAUCAGCUGAAAACCAUGGAUGGCUCGAUCCUUUACCAGAGACUUUGUGAAAUGGAAGCCCUCAAGGCAGAAGUGUCUCGCCAAAUGAUCCUUGUCAUGGAUGCCAUGUUGCAGCGCAAGCUUCUCCAUGCGGAGAUGGUGGAAGGAUGUUGCUCCACACCUCUGAAAAUUCCCCUACCUGGCGAACCUGCAAAGAUCCCAGUGCCUUUGAAGAUCUGCGAAGGUCCCAUUCAGUCUGACGAGAGUGAAGGAGACGUCAUGGCAGGAGCCUUGACAAUUUCCAUGGGUGCGAACCCUGUCAAGAUUGCUCAUGCAAGCAACGGCCUCCAUGUCAGGGUGGAAACUGGGUGCAGGGAUGGUCUGGUCUUGAAGGAUGUGAAGGUGGAACCUUCCCAUGACGACGGUUUCUCUUCCACUCGUGUGAAGAUGGAACCUGGCCUUGAUCUCCAAAAUGUGAAAAUGGAACCUGGCUCUGUCUUCCAAGAUGCGAGCCAUGACUUCAAAGAUGUGAAGAUGGUGAAGCAAUUCUUGACUGAGUGCAGAGUCCAGUCGGAUUCUCAGCCAGCUUCGGGGGCUGGAAACUUCUUCUGGGUGGACUUGGCUUUGGACCCAGCGAUCGCUCACACUGCAAUCAAAACCAGGAAAUGCAGUGAGAUUGCAGAGCGCUACUACAAUGUUCCGAAGCCUUUGAUUUCAGAGGUGGUGGUUGGGGUUCCACAAUCCUUUUGCCAUGGCAGGCAUCAAGUGGUCCCAGCACCCGGGUUCCUUCGCCGGGUGAGUCCAGCGGAGCCACUGCACUCAUUCAUCAUUGCAGUGCAUCGCGAUGUCAUCAACGAAGAGCAUGACAAGCUGCUGCAAUGGAGGAACAUCAUCCUCAACACCUUGAUCACUUUUGAGGUUGUGGAGAGGGAUUCGACUUUGCAUUUCAAAAAUUGCCAAUUGAGGGAGAAGAGCGGAAUUGAGCAUGAACUCAUUCGCCACUCAAGCCUCAGCCGCUGCUUGGACAUUGUGAACUUCGCAGCUCGGAUGCAGAAACAGAAAAAAUCUGCUCAGAAGGGACCCAAGGUUUCGUGGGCAAAACAGGUUAGCGACACCUACAAUUCGGACCUGGUGAUGUCGGACUACUCGGAAAAAGUCACCGAGUGUUUUGUGGAAAGGUCCCUGGCAGUGAAUUCAAGGAUGUUGACCAAGUCGACGGUGGUGGUUUCCAAGCUGCUGUAUCUCGACGAUGUGUACGGCAUCAACAACCCUCUGGAUUCCAUCCACAAGCUGUUUGCAAUGCUGGGCAAAGCAGGCACUGGCCCCUCAAGUGUCAAAAAACUGGAGUGGAUGGUCUUGCUGCUUGCCGACCUGUUUGAGAAAGGAGCAUUGGAUGCAGACCAGUGCUCCAAGAGGGAGCUGUCCAGCAAGCUGUGCGAUGUCUUCAUGGCCAAGUUGGACUUUCAGAGGGAACUUCUGAACUGGGCUGCUGAGGUUGGAGUGCAGGGACAGUCGUUGCAAAAGAUCCAGGAGAUUUCAGUCGACUUGGAAACAUACCGUGCAGCAUUGGGAUACUCCUGGUUGCCGAUGGAUACGCAGCCUUCCUGUGGCUGGCGGACUUCUUUUCCACCAUCAGCGGACCUCUUCCUCACAGUGCUGGAUGGAUGCAUCUACAGCACCACAUACGACGACCUCAUUGUCACAUGGCUCAGGAGCAAAAAAGCUUUGGGAGAGCUUUUGAAGAUGAGUCCUUUAUCGGAGUCCUUGGACGAAGUGGCUGAGAAGAUUGAGGAGGAAAAGCAAACCAGUGCUGAGUCCAAGAACGAGCCGGGUGCUGACAGUGGCAAUGCUGAUUCGGAUGCGCACGAAAUUGGAGAGGACAAAGCAGCUUUUGGCAUUGAAUCCUUUGAGACCGUGAUGGCAACCUAUGCUGAGCUGCAAGCGAGUGAGGACAAGCAAGACAAAGAGGAUCUGCAACGAUUGGAAAGGCACAUGACCCAGGCCCGAUCUUUGGUGAAGACCUAUGUGGUUUUGGAGCCUGAGACAAAGAGCGAUGAGGAUCUCCUGGAAAGCUUGAAGCAGUCGGUGGCAGGCAGCGCUUCAGGAGAUGCCGAAAAAAAGACUCAUACACUGGUGUGGUACGACCAAGCCGAUGCCGGCGAAGCUCAGGUACAGCCACAUUUGCGCGUGCCUGGCCUCAGAAAUCGCGGAGGCCACCUCCAAAGAUUCGUGCGGUUGGUGCAGCAACGAAAAGACCCCAACCAAGACCUUGAUCCACGAGACAUCUAUGCUUUGUGUGACUGCGGCAAGGAUGGAAACAAAGGCAGGUUGAUUGGUGUUUUCUGCCUUGCUCCUGAGCCAGAUGCAGCAGGCAAGCUUCAAAAGCCUGCACCGUGCAAGAAGCAAGUUCGCACCUGGACAGCCACCAUGUCAGAAAGCAGCAUCACCGAAAGGCUUGCCAAGGUCCGUGGAUUCUCGUCCAUCAACCAGAUUCAAAGGAUCCAUCUGAUCACCAGGAACGGAUUGCAGCUCAAUGAGCACCAAAGGCUGCACUCCAAUGGCACGAACCGAGGAAAUUUCCUAGGUCCAUUCACGGCAUCCUCAUGGCAGCAGGACAGUGAUGCCUGGCUGAUGAAGAUGAAAGACAAGUUGGUCUUGCUGGGGAAGCAUGGCGCAAGGAUUGCCGUGGGUGGAAAAGAAGACGACGAUGACAACAUUGAUGCAAGCGAAGGUGACGAUGAUGAAAUGGAAGAGUCUGGGGCCAAGGGAGGCAAACCAAGGGACAAGAACGACAUGGAGCCCUUCUUGUAUCACAGCCCGCCGUCGGCGCUCUGUGAGGAACUCAUCCAAGCCGUCGACCCCGUGGCCGUUGUGGCACUGGCUGGGGAUGGGAGGAUGGCGGAGCUGUGCUUAGAGCGCCGUAUCCCAUUUUUCGGCUUGGCAUUCACGGCCGAACACUGCCAGGCACUCACCGCCAGGCUUGAAGGCUACCCGUGCCAACCGUACUCUGUGCUGGGCACGGGUGAUGGCUUGGAAAGUGAGGACGGAAAAGUAUUGCUCUAUGUUCUCCAGCGCAUCCGGCUGACACGACCACGAACCUUCUUGUUGGAGAAUGUCGAAAAUUUUCAGAAGUUCAAGAAGGCGUAUGAAUUGGUCAGAGAUGUGCUCAAGGCUUUGAAGGACAUUGGUGGCAAACCAUACUACAAGCUGCAGGCAAGAGUUCUGAACUCGAAGGACCAUGGAGUAGCCCAAUCCCGAGGUCGUUUGUACAUUGUUGGUGUGCAUGAUCCUGUCCGGGACUUCAGAUGGCCGGAACCGCAGGCCCCUGUGUCCCUUGAAUCUGCUUUGGACCCUCAGGAUGGCAGCGGACCAGUAUGGCCUCACAGCAAGACCGAAAUUCGCAACCUCAUCACCUGCUACAAGAAGUUGCAAGACAAGAGGCAACCCAUGAGAUGUGAUGGUAUUGCAGACAUCGGCAUGAGCUCCAAUUGGUGCCAAAGUUCAACCCCUUUCAGCAUUGGUUAUGCUCCUUGUCUGACGAAGAGUAGGUGCGAAAGCAAUGGAUAUUGGUCAUUCAGCCGGCAGCGAAAAUUGCAUUUGAGUGAAUAUUUUCGAUUGCAAGGGAUUUACCCUGGGAGACUUCAGCGCCCGGGGGAUGUCACAGAGGCAAAGAUGCGUGCCAUGGUGGGGAACUCCUUCACUGUUCCAGUGAUUGCAAAAAUCAUGGACCGUUUGUUUUACAGUGCAGGGCUCACAAGUCAGCCUAUAGCCUUCGAUGCAAGCACUGGUGAUGAUGGUGUCUGGUUGUGA